UCAAUUUUAAAAAGCUCAUCCGGGGAAUCUCGACAAACAGGUUGUAAACAUACUGCUAAAAUGGAAGCAGCAAUUCCAACGACAACUGAGAAAGGGAGUACACCCAAAAAACUGGAGGGGAAGUUUACUGCAAUGGUGGUGUGUUGGCUUCUUGGAAUUGGGUGUGCGUUUUCUUGGAAUAGCAUGCUGACGAUUGAAGAUUACUAUGUUCAUUUGUUUCCAAAGUAUCACUCCAUGAGAGUCCUGACACUCGUAUACCAACCCUUCGCCCUCGGAACACUCGCGAUUCUCACAUACCAUGAAGCCAAUAUAAACACCAGGAAACGAAAUCUAUUUGGAUACAUUCUCUUCUUCUUCAGUACUCUCGCUGUUCUGCUUUUGGAUUUAGCAACAUCUGGUAAAGGAGGAAUGGGAAGUUUCAUCUGCGUGUGUCUGAUAAGUGGUGCCUUUGGGUUAGCCGAUGCUUAUGUGCAAGGUGGAAUGGUUGGAGACUUGUCGUUCAUGCUCCCCGAGUUCAUUCAAUCGUUUCUAGCGGGGCUUUCUGCAUCAGGAGCUCUUACCUCCACUUUGAGAUUGUUUACGAAAGGUGUUUUUGAUAAUUCACAAAACGGUUUACGAAAGGGAGCACUUUUAUUCUUUACGCUAUGCACAAUCUUCGAGUUGCUUUGUGUACUUCUAUAUGCAUUCGUGUUCCCAAAGCUUCCAAUUGUAAAAUACUACCGAUCAAAAGCAGCUUCAGAAGGAUCUAAAACAGUUUCAGCUGAUCUUGUUGCCGGUGGAAUUUAUUCGCAUUCUAGAGAGAUAGAAUCAAAUUCCAAAAAACUGGAACGAUUGAGCAGUAAAGAAUUGUUACGGGAAAAUACUGAUUAUGCAAUCGAUAUGCUUUUGAUAUAUCUAUUAACACUUUCUAUUUUUCCUGGGUUCUUAUCCGAAGACACGGGAUCGCAUAGCUUGGGUUCUUGGUACGUGCUUGUUCUUAUUGCAAUGUACAACAUGUGGGACCUCGUGGGACGAUAUAUCCCACUAAUUAAAUGCAUGAAGUUGGAGUCACGAAAAGGACUCAUGAUAGCAGUUCUAGCAAGAUAUUUGCUCAUUCCGGCGUUUUAUUUCACGGCUAAAUAUGCUGAUCAGGGUUGGAUGAUAUUUUUGACAUCGUUUUUGGGAUUAACUAAUGGUUACCUUACCGUUUGCGUCCUCACUUCUGCUCCGAAAGGCUACAAGGGACCGGAACAAAACGCAUUAGGGAAUAUACUUGUCUUGUAUCUUAUGGGAGGUAUUUUCGUUGGGGUCACAUGUGACUGGUUAUGGCUAAUCGGCAAAGGUUGGUGAGAGAUGUAGGCGCAUGUUAAUUAGACGUAUUGCGUAUGCAGUUUACUAGUCUUUUUUGUUAUCAAGUGAAGAAAUAAGUUAUGGUAGCCUAAUAAAUUUAUUGGGUUUGUUUUAUUGAGUCUUUAUUUAGCCAUGUAGCUAGAUAAUCCUAGGUAACUUUUCUAUUUAUAGUUGUAUUUUCUCUUCUUUGUAAAUAUAACUUUCUUGAAACCCUAACUGUUUUCUCUUUAAAUUGUUAUUCUUUAUAUUGUAUUA